AUGGCCGACACCACCGACCAUACCGACACGGCCGUGGACGAAAAGGGUGUCGGCACACCCGUCCACAGCGACCACAACAGUGAUCCUGGCGUGGCGGAAAAGACAGUCGACAUCGAGGCUUCUGCUGCUGCCUCAACCUCCCCCACCGACAACGCCGCGUACCCGUCCGGCUUCAAGCUGGUCGUGCUCCUCAGCGCCGUCAUGGUCGACGUCUUUCUGGUGGCCCUCGACCAGACGAUUGUGGGCACGGCCAUCCCCAAGAUCACCGACGAGUUCCACGGCCUCAGCGACGUGUCGUGGUACGCGGCGGCCUACUUUAUGACCUUUGGCGCGGCCCAGGCGUCGGCCGGCAAGGUCUACAAGUACUACAACCUCAAGUGGAGCUUUCUGGCCUCGAUGCUGCUGUUCGAGGCCGGCAGCCUCGUGUGCGCCGUGGCGCCCAGCUCCAAGGCCCUGGUCGUGGGCCGCGCGCUGGCCGGCCUGGGCGGCGCCGGCCUGUCCGUGGGCGGCACGAGCAUCGUGGCCCUGGCGGUGCCGCCCGUGCAGCGGCCGCUGAUGAUGGGCGUCGUGGGGGCGACGUAUGCGGUGGCGGCGGUGCUGGGCCCGCUGGUGGGCGGCGCCUUCACCGCCAGCGUCUCGUGGCGGUGGUGCUUCUACCUGAACCUGCCGCUGGGCGGCGCGGCGGCCGUCGCCGUGCUGGUCUUCUUGGACGCGUCUUCGCAGCCGCCAGACGCCGCACGGGCGGCCACCACCGGGCGGCAGAGGCUGCUGCACCUCGACCCCGUGGGCAUCGCGCUGGCCAUGGGCGCCAUCACGUCGCUCAUUCUGGCGCUGCAGUACGGCGGCAACACGCACCCGUGGCGCAGCAGCGUCGUCGUCGGCCUGCUCGUGGGCUUCGUGCUGCUGGCGGCCGCGCUGGUCGCGUGGGAGGCCUGGCUCGGCGAGUACGCCAUGCUGCUGCCGCGGCUGUUCCGGCAGCGCUCGCUCUGGGCCACGGCGCUGUUCCAGUUUUUCUUCAUGGGCGCCUACGUCGUCCUGCUCUACUACCUGCCGCUCUACUUCCAGAGCAUCCGCGGCGCCAGCCCCAUCCGCUCCGGCGUCGACAACCUGCCGCUCGUCGUCACCGCCACCGUCUUUGCCGUCGUCGGCGGCGCCGUAGUCGCCCAGACGGGCCGCGCCCAGCAGGUCAUGCUGGCCGGCGCCGCGCUCGCGACCGUCGGCAUCGGCCUCAUCUACUCGUGGGACCAGUCCACGUCCACGGCCCGCUGGGUCGGCUACCAGCUCUUCACCGGCGCCGCCAUGGCUUUCGCCAUCAUGCACGGCCUCAGCAUCGCCCAGGCCCACGUCGCCGCCGACGACAUCCCCGCCGUCACCGCCAACCUGCUCGUCUGCCAGACCGUCGGCGGCGCCUUCAGCACCUCCAUCGGCCAGGCCGCGUUCGUCAACCGCCUGCUCGCCGUGCUGCCGUCCACCGCGCCCCGCGUCGACCCCCGCCUCGUCAUCGUGACCGGCGCCUCUGAGCUGCGCAACGUGUUUGCCGCCGACGUGCUGCCCGGCGUCCUCGACGCCUACAUGGCCGCGCUCAAAGCCGCCUUUGCCGUCGGCAUCGGCUUCUGCGGCGUGGCCGUGCUGUGUUCGCUGGCCAUUCCCACGAAGCGCCUCCCCAAGGCGGCCGGGGACGCAGCAAUGGCGGCCGUGGCCCAUAUAGCCACGUACCUACGCCGCAUCCACGGGGAUGUCGCGCACAUACCGCUCUAUGCGCGCAUACGUGUCCUGUUCCACCUUGCGAGCCUCGGCCGCAUUGCCCGCCGCAUCCAAUGCCUUUUGCAGCAGCCACAUCUCGCGCAAGACCUGCGGGUCGUGGGCGCCGUCCGACAGCGUGCGGAGGUCGAUGACGGUGCGGAUCUGCUCGACGGGGUUCAUGGGCGCGUCAUGCGUGUUGUGUGCGUCGCGUGUGUCGGCCACGCCAGAAGGACGGAGAAUGUCGGCAAGCAGCUUGUUGGUCGUCGGCUGGCUGCUGCUCUUCUGCGCGUCAAUGUCCAAGAGGGUGCGCAGCACACAGGCCACGUUGCCCAGGUGGACGUUUGGCGUCUGCGCAAGCUGUCCGUUCUCGUCGGCGGGCGACGGCCCACGGACAUCGACAUUGGCCGCGACGGACGCGGUGGCGGGAACGGCCUGCAGGAUCUUGGCCGUCGUCAGGCCGGCGAGCAUGCGGAGCAGCAGGGUGGUGUCGCCGCGGAAGCUGGCGGCCGCGUCGUGGAAGAUUUCGUUGCCGUGGGCGCGCAGGGCGGCCACGCUGCUGGCGUGCAGGCGCGCAAAGUCGGACGGUUGCGGUGGCGGUACGGGCAGGUCCUCGGACACAACACGGCGCUCGUUGGGCACGCGCCCGGCGUCAACGGUGCGGAACCAAUGCGAGAGGGCGCCGAUCAUGGCGACGGGCGGGCCGAUGGAGCAGUUUUCCCACAGGAUGCAGCAGUAGAGGCUGAAGAGGCUGGGGUCGUAGUGGGCAAACAAAAUCUCGGCGUUGAGGGUCCAGGCUUGGGCCAGCAAGGUGCGGAUGAGGUCAUGAGGGCCGUGAGGGCCGUCGGCGCCGUCAGGGGAGGACGACGCCGACGACGCCGCCGCCGCAGAUGCCGUCACGCCCCGCAGACUGUGCAGCAGCGCCAGCAGGGGAUGCCCGCCGGCCAGCUCGGGCUUGCUGCCCACCAGCGCAAUGACGUGCGCCAGCAGCAUCUGGAAGAGCCGGACCUGGCCCAGGGACACGAUGUGGUGCAUAAUUUCCAGCAGGUUCCAGACGAGCGCGGGCGCCUCCAGCAUCAGCAGCAUGUCUUCGACGAGCAAAAAAGCCUUGCGGGCGGUCCGGCCGGCCAGGUCGCCGCGGCCGCGCUCCAGCAGGUCCAUGGCCAGUUUGAAGACGAAGCUGAUUUCUUUGGCCUUGGCCGGACGGGGUGGAACCGUCAGCGUGUCCUCGGGGCCCAAUGCGGGCAGGCCGGGGAUCGACAAGUAGCCGUUGUCGAUGCCCUUUUGGACGUGUCCGGCUCUCCCGGCUCUCCCGAGUCUCUCGACCUGCCCGACGCUCUGUACCGACUGGACAGCCAGCCUUCGUCGGGCAUUCUUCUGGAAGCCCCAUUUGGCAAAUCUCUUCUUGUACAUCUGGACCCUGCCGGCCGUCGACAGUCAGUAGACGGCACACACGCGCGCACCCCUCCAAGUCUCCACUUACGUCGCCGCAAAGUUGUGCUCCCGCUCCAUGUACUGCAUGACGUGCCGCAGUUUCCGCCGUUCGCGAACGUACAGCCGCUCGAUCUCGGGGAACGCGGCCGCCCACUCGGCAUCGCUGUGAUGGAGAGACGGCGGGUGUUCAGACUGGUGUUGGACGACGGCCGCCGACGCCGUGUCUGUGAUGGACCGGCCAUUGGGCCGCGGAGCCAAUAUUUGUGCUUUCAUGGGUGUCUUGACAUGCGCGUGGGCGGUGAUGUGUGA